GUUCAACCAACUGAGGAGAGACAACUGAUGAUGGGGUCGACGGCGACACCGUUGUUAGCCAACAAAGAGCUGCACCCGCACGACGACGUCGUUGUCUUCACCAAAAGCCAUCAUGCAGCCGACAUGGCUACUAUUACUUCUUCUUCUAACGACGAUAAUUAUGAUGAUUUCGGGCCCACUCAGAGUCCCGUCGGUGGUCACUAUCUUGAUGAUUUCCGGCCCACUUUCCCAGGACACAGUCCCGGCGGUGGUCACCAUCUUGAUGAUUUCCGGCCCACUUCCCCAGGACACAGUCCCGGUGGUGGUCACCACCUUGAUGAUUUCCGGCCCACUUCUCCAGGACACAGUCCCGGCGGUGGUCACCAUCUUGAUGAUUUUCGGCCCACUUCUCCAGGACAUAGUCCGGGCGGUGGUCACCAUCUUGAUGAUUUCCGGCCCACUUCCCCAGGACACAGUCCCGGCGGUGGUCACCAUCUUGAUGAUUUCCGGCCCACUUCUCCAGGACACAGUACCGGCGGUGGUCAUGUUUGAGUAAUUUAACUCCUUUUUUCAAAAGUUUGUGUUAAGUCAAGCUUAGAGCCUUUUUUGGAAGGGGAGAAUUUAUGCCUUAUAUGGUACGGACUGCGGAGUAGAUCAGACCUCGCAAAUCAGAACCGGAACUAAUUAAAAAUCCAAUUAUAUACUCCCUCCGUCCCAAAAAGUCUUUCCUGUUUCAUUUUUUGCGCAUCCCAUAAAACACUUCUACCGACAUCUAAAAUGCCUAAAAUUUACAACAUUUCUUCUUUAUUGUGGGUAGAAGUUAUUUUGAAAGUUUUUUUGGCAUUCAAGGUGGGAUAUAAAUAUUUUUUGGGAUG